AUGUUUUUACUAAAGAACCGGUUCAGAAGCACUGAAUUUGCGAGAUCGAUGUCAACUGCUCUAGAUUCCUCCAAGCUCAAGAUCACCAAGACUACCAGUCCGAAGGCCAAGUUGCCUAACGAGCAGUUGGUUUUUGGAAAGUCUUUCACCGAUCAUAUGCUCACUAUUGAGUGGACUGCUGAGUCUGGAUGGGGCACUCCAGAGAUCAAGCCUUACGGAAACUUUUCACUGGACCCAUCCUCGUGUGUGUUCCACUACGCUUUCGAGUUGUUUGAGGGCCUCAAGGCUUACAAGGACAAGAAGGGUGAGAUAAGAAUGUUCAGACCAGACAAGAACAUGGAGAGAAUGAACAAGUCUGCUGCCAGAAUCUGUCUUCCUACUUUUGAGUCUGAGGAGCUUAUCAAGCUGAUUGGUGAGCUUUUAAAGGUUGACCAGGGCUUCAUCCCAGACACCAGAGGUUACUCUCUUUAUCUUAGACCUACCUUGAUCGGAACCACUGCUGGCCUUGGUGUUAGCUCUCCCGACAGAGCUCUGUUGUUCGUCAUUGCAUCGCCGGUCGGACCUUACUACAAGACUGGAUUCAAAGCAGUGAAGCUUGAGGCUACCGACUACGCAACCAGAGCUUGGCCUGGUGGUGUUGGUGACAAUAAGUUGGGUGCCAACUAUGCUCCAUGCAUCAAGCCGCAACUCGAGGCCGCCUCGAGAGGCUACCAACAAAACCUGUGGUUGUUUGGUCCUGAGAAGAACGUGACCGAGGUGGGAACCAUGAACUUCUUUGCUGUUUUCAAGGAUGCUUCUGGUAAAAAGGAGUUGGUGACUGCUCCUUUAGACGGUACUAUUUUGGAAGGUGUGACCAGAGACUCUAUUUUGCAAUUGGCCAGAGAGAGGCUCGACCCUGCCGAAUGGACCAUUAGCGAGAGAUACUGCACCAUCAACGAGAUCUCGUCCAAGUCCAAAUCUGGUGAGUUGGUGGAGGCAUUUGGUGCUGGUACUGCUGCCGUUGUUUCGCCUAUUAAGGAGAUUGGCUACAGAGAUUCUACUAUCGAUGUUCCAUUGCUUCCAGGUGAGCAGUUCGGUCCUUUGACCAAGCAGGUUGCCGACUGGAUUGCCGAGAUCCAGUACGGUGUUGUUGAGAGUGAAUGGUCUAGAGUUGUUAACUGGUAA